AUGAAGAGGUUGAUCCAGCGAGCCAUGGAACUCGGCGUCCCCGUCACAACUUCGAAGGUGGCUUCGAGAGCUGGCUCACCGCAGCAACGACCUGAAGUGGUUACGAGUUUGGCUCAGGCACAAGCAAUUGUGGAAGCGGCAGCUGCUGCAGCUGGUCCUUCUGGUAUCAGCUCACAGCCGAGUACGAAAUCGGAAAAGAGAGAAAGAGGAUCAAGGCCUACCACAAAAGCUUCGCGUGACUCAGCCGCUGCUUCUCCUGCUCCUGAAGAUUCAAAGGCAGCAGCAGAACCUGUUGCUAAACGAAGCUCGGCAUCAGAAGCUGCUACUCCAGAAACAGCCUCCAAAGCGGUGGCUACAGUACAUCCGGUGCCGGUAACGCCGAUCUCUCAAACAACCGAAGCUCUGUCGCGUGCAUCCAGACCUGCAAAAGCAUCAGAGAACCGGCCGGAGACCAGUGACGCUGCUCGGGAGAGUAAGUUGCGCGAAGAUGAAUCCGCUCAGGAUGCUGACUCGCAGUCUUCAGCUGGCACUCCCGGCCCAGCUGGAAGUAUCGCAGCACAGCUAGCCGGGAGUCGGACGCCAUCCUCACCAAGAUCCACAGCCAUACCGUCAGAUGAUCGCUUUCCACGCGGGUUGCCCAAUAACGCACCGGUUAUUGUUAUCGUUGGAGGUCCAGGAUCAAAUAAAGCUGAGAUUGCCCGGCGCAUUGCAAAAAAAUACGAUGGUUUUGUAUUAUUCAGCAUGAGCGAUUUACUAAGGAAGGAAGUAGAAGCGAAUGCAAAUGAUGAACUCUGGCAACGAAUUAAGAAGAAAAUGGACCUUGGAGAACCGAAGAUUUGUCGCGAACUACUGUAUUCGGCAUUAUACGGUGUGGGCAGCACAAGCUGGGGCUAUGUUGUCGAAGGUUAUCCGCGAGCACAAAAUCAAAUUGUCGAUUUUGAAAAUCAGGUACUGUUUACUUGA